UCUCCUCCAAAAUGGCCGCCCUUUGGUUCUGUUGAGUCUUUUUGGUGUUUGUUCAAGCAUCGUCUUUUCACGGGACAAAGAACCAGUAAAUUUCACCAAAGCCAGCCGCUCUCUGUGAAGUUCUUCUGGGUCUACGUUUAACUGUUUGGAUAGCUAGUGCAGCAUCUAGCAAGGCCAUUUACAGUGAAAAGACGGCACCACGGCAAGCAACAAAGCUACAGAAACCACCACACGGAGCUCCAGCCAUCUUAAGAAGUAACACAAGUAACACAAAGCUAAAAAUGUCUGAAAACCAAGCCCAAAGAAGUUAUGCUAAGUCUGUCCACUCUCAAAAAUCCUCAAAGGCAGACUCUACAGCUAGCGUCGAACUACUUAAAGCAAAAGCAAAAGCUGAAGCUGCUCAAACAAGAGCCUUAUAUGCAAAGAAAGAAAUAGAAAUAAAGGUUGAACAAGCACGCCUGCAAGCCACUUUAGAUGCACUUAGAGCAGAGCAAGAAAAGGAAGCUGCUAUAGCAGAAGCUAAUUCACUGGAAGCUGGAUUACUUGAAAUGGGCUAUGAAACACGCAGUGUAGCUUAUGGGCCAUCCCUAGCAGAGAGCAAAGAAAAACGCACAGCUCAGUAUGUUCUAGAGCAGGCAAGUGUCACCGCAGCAGAGGUACCGAUCCCAGCAAAGACUAAUCACACUGCCCCAGAAAACCCCUUUCAACCUGUCAUUGCAAUACAAGAAGACAACUCAAACUAUGCAGGUUCUGGAACUAAAUUCAGUGAACCUCCGUCCACAAGUUUCAAACCCCCUGUCCAAACUUCACCCAAAGCAAAUUACGCAUGCAACAGCCAUGUCCCAACUCAACCAACCUAUGACCUGGCCAAAUACCUAGCCCGCAGUCAGCUCAUAACUACAGGCCUUACCAGCUUUGAUGACCAUCCUAUGAACUACUGGGCGUGGAAGUCCUCUUUUAAAACCGCUAUAGCAGGCUUGGACCUAUCAGCAGGGGAAGAACUUGAUUUGCUCGUACGUUAUCUUGGUAAAAACUCAGCCAGACAAGUGAAACAAAUGAAAGCUGUUAACAUCAGAUGUCCUGAAGCUGGUUUAGCUAUGGCUUGGGACAGGCUAGAAGAAGAAUACGGCUCUCCAGAGGCUAUCGAACAAGCCCUCUUUCAUAAGAUAGAAAGCUUUCCCAAAAUCACAUCCAGAGAUCCCUUCAAACUCCGUGACCUUGCAGACUUAAUGCUAGAGCUGGAGGCAGCCAAGUUAGAUGGUUACUUACCCGCCUUGUCUUAUUUGGAUACGUCCAGAGGAAUCCAACCAAUAGUUGACAAGUUGCCCUACAAUAUACAAGAGAAGUGGAUGAAUUAUGGCUCAAAGUACAAACGUGAUCAUGGUGUCAGCUUCCCUCCAUUCACUGUGUUUGCCAACUUCAUACGAACUGAAGCCAAAACACGAACUGACCCCAGCUUUAACCUCUACAGCUCUAACCAACCAACAGAGAGAAAACAUGUGACUGAAAGAUUUUCUAGAGUGCCCAUAUCUGUCCACAAAACUCAAAUACAAGACAAAACUGAUGCAGAAAGGUUUAAAAGUGCAGUAAAUCCUAACAAACAGUGUCCAAUUCACAACAAACCCCAUCCUUUAAAGCGAUGUAGAGGCUUCAGAGAGAAAGCUCUGGAGGAGCGAAAACAGAUCCUCAAAAAAUAUAACAUCUGCUUUCGCUGCUGCUCAUCCACUGACCAUCUCGCUAAGAACUGUACAGCAGAGAUCAACUGCACAGAGUGUGACAGCAAUAACCACAUUUCUGCUCUCCAUCCAGGUCCAGCACCGCAAGAGUCUAAAUCGCCCCCUCCCCCACAGCAUGGCGGGGAGAGUGGCAAAGCGGACGUCCAAGAAGUCACCUCUCGGUGUACUGAGGUGUGUGGAGAAGGAGUGAGUGCAAGGGAAUGUUCUAAGAUCACGCUUGUGAAUGUGUACCCUGCUGGCCACAAAGAACUGUCCAAAAGAAUGUAUGUAAUCUUGGAUGAACAGAGUAACCGCUCGCUUGCACGUUCACAGUUCUUCGAGUUGUUUCAGAUCCAAGGAGCGAACCACCCGUACACAUUAAAAACGUGUGCUGGGCUUACAGGAGUAUCAGGAAGAAGAGCUUGCGGCUUCAUGGUGGAGUCAGUGAAUGAAAAGCUAAGUCUUCCUCUGCCAACACUCCUUGAAUGUAAUGACAUUCCAAACAACCGCUCAGAAAUACCUACGCCAGAAGCCGCUCAUCACCACGCCCAUCUGCACCAGAUUGCCAACAUGAUCCCACCACUGGACCCCAACGCUGACAUACUUCUCCUGCUGGGCAGAGAUGUGCUGAGGGUUCAUAAAGUCAGAGAGCAGAUAAACGGCCCUGGUGACACCCCAUUCGCUCAGAGACUUGACUUGGGAUGGGUGGUCGUAGGUGACGUCUGCCUUGACGGAGUACACAGACCCCCACAAGUGAGCAGCUACAAGACAUUCAUAUUAGAGAAUGGUCGUGCGAGUCAUCUCCAGCCAUGCAACAGUCAGAUUACUGUUAAAGAGACAUUUACAAAGAUUCCUGAGUACUGUCACUGCCUCACAAGCCCUCGUGUAUCAGGAUGUAACAUGGACAGUAUUGGUCAACAAGUUUUUGCACGCACAUCAGAAGAUCACAAACUUGCACCAUCAGUUGAGGACAUGCAGUUUCUCCAAAUAAUGGACUCUGAGUUCUAUCAGGACAGCGACAAUAGCUGGGUGGGUCCUCUGCCUUUCCGAUCUCCGCGACAACGGCUGCCCAACAACAGACAGUUGGCUUACGACCGCCUUAUGUCACUCAGACGCACUCUGGAAAAACGGCCUGAAAUGAAAGUGCACUUUCUGGAGUUUAUGGAGAACAUGCUCACUAAAGGACACGCCGAGGUUGCACCAUCUCUUAGUCAGAAUCAGGAGUGCUGGUACCUGCCUCUGUUCGGGGUUUACCAUCCGAGAAAACCCAACAAAAUCAGAGUUGUGUUUGACUCAAGUGCCCCAUAUGAAGGAGUCUCUCUCAACGACGUGUUACUCACCGGACCUGAUCUCAACAAUAGCCUCAUUGGUGUGCUCAUGAGGUUCAGAAAAGAGCAAGUGGCCGUAACAGCUGACAUUGAACACAUGUUUCACUGCUUCGUCGUCAAAGAGAGCCACAGAGACUUUCUCCGCUUCUUAUGGCACAAAGAUAAUGACAUGUCUUCCGAAGUUAUUGAGUAUCGCAUGUGUGUGCACAUUUUUGGGAACAGUCCUUCUCCCUCCGUCGCCAUGUAUGGCCUAAAGAGAGCAGCAGCUAGUGGUGAAGCAGACUUUGGAAGCGAUGUGCGCACAUUCAUUGAGCGAGAUUUUUAUGUUGAUGAUGCUCUCAAGUCAUUUCCCACCGAACAAGAAGCCGUUCAUGUUCUAAAGCAAGCACAGAAGGCUCUCGCUUCCUCAAACCUCAGACUACACAAAGUCACCUCCAAUCGGCCUGCAGUCCUAGAAGCCUUUCCCCCAGAGGACAGAUCUAAAGACAUUGAAAACUUAGACCUCUGCGCUCAAGAUCUACCAGUACAACGCAGUCUAGGGCUGUUGUGGAACGUUGCCAAAGACACUUUUACAUUCAAGGUCGAAUACGAUGAAAAGCCCUUCACUCGUAGAGGCGUCCUCUCUACAGUCAAUAGUCUUUACGACCCCCUCGGGUUCCUCGCUCCUAUCACAAUCCAGGGUAGACAGAUACUCCGAGAACUUACCAGUUUAACAGAAGAUUGGGACUCACCUCUCCCAGAUGACACAAAAGCAGAGUGGUGUAAAUGGAGGGACUCUCUUCAAGAUUUGCAAAGCUUCCAAAUACCACGUCCCUACGCUUCCAUCUCUACAACCAAUGCUCAAAAAAGAGGCCUCCACGUAUUCGCCGAUGCAUCAGUAAAGGCUAUUGCUGCCGUCGCUUACAUGAAAGUAUCCACAUCAGACAACACAGAAGUUGGCUUUGUGUUUGGAAAGACGAAGCUGACUCCUCAAGCAGGUCUCACAAUCCCAAGACUAGAGUUGUGCGCUGCAGUGCUCGCAGUUGAAGUUGCAGAGCUGAUAACUACAGAGAUGGACAUUACAUUUGACAAUAUUGAGUUUUACACUGACAGCAAAGUUGUGCUCGGGUACAUAUACAAUCAGACACGAAGAUUCUACGUGUAUGUGCACAACAGAGUCCAACGCAUUCUCCAGUCAACACGCUCAAACCAGUGGAAGUACGUUCCAUCUGAACUCAACCCAGCUGACUUCGGGUCCCGUUCUGUGACAGCAGCACAACUGAGCAGUACAACAUGGUUAGAAGGACCAGCCUUUCUCCGUAAAUCUUCCACACAGGUACCUUCUCCAGACAACUACGACCUUGUUGACCCCACUGCCGACACAGAAAUACGUCCACUCGUAACAACAAAUUUGACACAUGUCACAAAGCCGAUAAUAAAUCCAACACGUUUUGAAAGAUUCUCCAACUACAGCAUCCUCAUUAGAGCAAUAGCUUGCUUGAUUCACAUCGCCCACUCAACUUUGAAAAAGAGAUACUUCUGAAAGGACAAUGGAAAAGAGUUCAAAGUCUCGCUGACACCUUCUGGUCCAAAUGGAGACGCGAGUACCUUCACACUCUGCAGCUACGCCACAAAUGGCAGGAUAAGAAGCAAAGUCUCAAGGAAGGAGACAUUGUUCUGCUCAAAGAUUCUCAGGCAAAAAGGAACGAGUGGCCCAUGUCUAUCAUCACCAAGACCUUUCCAGGCAAAGAUGGACUCGUCAGGAAGGUCGAAGUAACCACUUCUCAAGCUGGCAACAAAAAGACUUUCUCUCGCCCAGUAACGGAAGUGGUUUUGCUCUUGUCCCCAGAGAAAUUUAGUGACUGAUUAUUUAAUGUGGGAUAGUUAAUAUCCCAGGCGGGGAGUGUUAUGUUUACUGUAUUUAACUGUUUUAUGUUUAUUGAAUGCUAAGUUACAUCAUCUAGUGGUCGCUUUAGUUUAUUUCUGUGAUAAUAAUAGUAGAAGAAGAAUGUUAGACAGGAAGUUGUUGUUCAGGCCUCUCUCCUCCAAAAUGGCCGCCCUUUGGUUCUGUUGAGUCUUUUUGGUGUUUGUUCAAGCAUCGUCUUUUCACGGGACAAAGAACCAGUAAAUUUCACCAAAGCCA